AUGUCACAGGCAGAGGGUCAGCAGAAGACCCUGGUCCAGUCCAUCGACGCUCUGCCCACCAAAGGCCCUCUGUCCUGCUUGGACCACGACCUGCUGCUGCUGAAGGCCACGUCCGCCGCCACGCUGAGCUGCCUGGGAGAGUGUCUGAACAUCCUGCAGCAGACACAGUCCCACCCGACCCCCGCCGUGUCCCUGACCUCCCACCGGAACCACAGCGCCCCCUCUGAUGGUGUUCCUGUGUGGACUGUCCCAAAGUCUCCGUCUCUGGAGCAGCUGAGGAACGGCCUGACGCCCCUGACCUCCGCAGAGCCCUCCCCGGACUCCCGCAAACGCAGCCUCACCCUGUGCUCUGGAGCUGAGGGGCCUGAGGAGCCGAGGCCCGGUGAGGAGCCGAGGCCCGGUGAGGAGGUCACAGACGAGGAGGACCCAGAGGAGGAGGAGCUGGGAGUCCUGGACGAUCAGAGGAGCAUCAUCCUGCACCUCCUCUCACAGCUCAAACUGGGCAUGGACCUCACACGGGUGGUGUUGCCCACGUUCAUCCUGGAGAAGCGCUCACUGCUGGAGAUGUACGCUAACUUUAUGGCUCACCCCGACAUGUUCCUGUCCAUCACCGCGGGGGCGACCGCCGAAGAGCGCAUCGUCCGCUUCGUGGAAUACUACCUCAGCGCCUUCCACGAGGGCCGCAAGGGCGCCGUGGCCAAGAAACCCUACAACCCCAUCCUCGGCGAGACCUUCCACUGCUCCUGGGACGUUCCUCGAGACCGCGUCCGGACCCGGAGCCACAACCCGCCGAGCGCCCAGGGCCUGGGCCGCGCCCCCAACAACGCGGAGGACGGCGCCCCCUACAGGGUGCGCUUCGUGGCGGAGCAGGUCUGUCACCAUCCUCCGGUGUCGGGCUUUUACUGCGAGUGCAGAGAGCGCCACAUGUGCGUGAACGCUCACGUCUGGACCAAGAGCAAGUUCAUGGGGAUGUCCAUCGGAGUGUCCAUGGUGGGGGAGGGGGUGCUGUACCUCCUGGAGCAUGAUGAAGAGUACGUGUUCACGCUGCCCUCUGCCUACGCUCGCUCCAUCCUCACCGUGCCGUGGGUGGAGCUUGGAGGGAAAGUGUCCAUCAGCUGCGCCAAGAGCGGGUACUCAGCUGCUGUCACCUUCCACACCAAGCCCUUCUACGGGGGCAAGGUCCACAGGGUGACGGCCGAGGUGAAACACAACGCCACCAGCGCCAUCGUGUGUAAGGCUCAAGGCGAAUGGAAUGGGACGCUGGAGUUCACCUACAGCAGCGGAGAAACCAGAGUCAUGGACACAAACAAACUCCCGGUGACGAAGAAGAAACUGCGGCCGGUGGAAAAGCAGAGCCGCCUGGAGUCCAGUCUGACCCUGUGUCUGCCCCUUUGUCUGCCCCCAGGCGGCUGUGGCAGCGUGUCCCUGUGUCUGACCCUGUGUCUGCCCCCAGGCGGCUGUGGCAGCAUGUCCCUGUGUCUGACCCUGUGUCUGCCCCCAGGCGGCUGUGGCAGCGUGUCCCUGUGUCUGACCCUGUGUCUGACUCUGUGUCUGACUCUGUGUCUGACCCUGUGUCUGACCCUGUGUCUGACCCUGUGUCUGUCCCUGUGUCUGUCCCUGUGUCUGUCCCUGUGUCUGACUCUGUGUCUGACUCUGUGUCUGACCCUGUGUCUGACCCUGUGUCUGUCCCUGUGUCUGACCCUGUGUCUGCCCCCAGGCGACUGUGGCAGCGUGUCCCUGUGUCUGACCCUGUGUCUGACCCUGUGUCUGUCCCUGUGUCUGUCUCUGUGUCUGACCCUGUGUCUGUCCCUGUGUCUGUCUCUGUGUCUGACUCUGUGUCUGACCCUGUGUCUGACCCUGUGUCUGUCCCUGUGUCUGUCCCUGUGUCUGACCCUGUGUCUGACCCUGUGUCUGCCCCCAGGCGGCUGUGGCAGCGUGUCCCUGUGUCUGACCCUGUGUCUGACCCUGUGUCUGUCCCUGUGUCUGACCCUGUGUCUGACCCUGUGUCUGUCCCUGUGCGGCUGUGGCAGCGUGUCCCUGUGUCUGACCCUGUGUCUGACUCUGUGUCUGACCCUGUGUCUGACUCUGUGUCUGUCCCUGUGUCUGACUCUGUGUCUGUCCCUGUGUCUGACCCUGUGUCUGACCCUGUGUCUGACCCUGUGUCUGACCCUGUGUCUGUCCCUGUGUCUGUCCCUGUGUCUGACUCUGUGUCUGACUCUGUGUCUGACCCUGUGUCUGUCCCUGUGUCUGACUCUGUCUGACCCUGUGUCUGACCCUGUGUCUGACCCCAGGCGGCUGUGGCAGCGUGUCCCUGUGUCUGACCCUGUGUCUGUCCCUGUGUCUGUCCCUGUGUCUGACCCUGUGUCUGUCCCUGUGUCUGACCCUGUGUCUGUCCCUGUGUCUGACUCUGUGUCUGACUCUGUGUCUGACCCUGUGUCUGACCCUGUGUCUGUCCCUGUGUCUGACCCUGUGUCUGACCCUGUGUCUGUCCCUGUGUCUGACCCUGUGUCUGUCCCUGUGUCUGACUCUGUGUCUGACCCUGUGUCUGACUCUGUGUCUGACCCUGUGUCUGACCCUGUGUCUGACCCUGUGUCUGCCCCCAGGCGGCUGUGGCAGCGUGUCACGGAGUCUCUGCAGGACGGGAACCUGGAGAAGGCCACGGAACAAAAACACAAUCUGGAAGAACGUCAGCGGAACGACGAGAGGCAUCGGAACGCCAACAACACGCCCUGGACGCCCAAGUACUUCACCAAACAGGGCGAGGGCUGGAUCUACAACUCUCCUCUGUGGAAGUCAAACAGACCUUUGGAUUAA